UACAAAUUAGCUUGGCGAAACGAAAUGACAUUCUAUUGAUCUUGCAACUUGUUUAAAAAUAAAUAUGUAUAAUUGAAUAAAGAUCCGAUAAAAUGGAGACAAUAAAGGGUUCAUUUCCAGUCAUAGGGUGAUACACGAGAGUUAAGGUGCAUAACCACUCUUUUUUCUUCCCCCUUCUUUAUUUUAUAAAAUUGUAUCCUGUUAUCUAUUCAGUUUUAUUCAACAAGCGUACGAUGGAAAGGCAAGAAGUCAAUUUUAUAUCGAUUCCGAUUAAGAAACCAGACAAACUCUCUUGGUUUUCUGCUUUGACCAAGUAUAUCACAGAAAGCUAUGCAGAAGAUGCAAAAAAGUAUAACCAAGAUUGCAACCUGUUGGACUCACUAAGGCAGCGCUGCUUAGAACAGGAACAAGUAGAGAACCCACUUGUGUUGGAAGAUUUGUCAAUUUAUUUUAACCAACUAUCCUUUUUGGGAUCAAAAUUUCCUUCGGAUAUUGGCUUAGACAUAAGCUGGUAUCCACUCUUUUCUUCCAAAGACCAUCCCUACUGUCCAGACGUAUUAAGUAAUCUAAAUUAUGAGAAAUCAUGUGUAUUACUACGAAUGGCUGCUUUUUAUAGUAUCCUGGGUACUAUGCAAAGUUCAGUCUCCACUGAAGGCAUCAGAAAAGCUUGUCAACACUUUCAGCAUGCAGCAGGUUGUUUAAAGUACAUCCAAUCAGAUCUUAUCAGCGAAUUAAGAGCAGCCCCUCCUCGUGAUUUUGAGCUAUUGGAUGCCUUGAUUGCCCUCAUGAUUGCUCAAGCACAUGAAUGUGUAUGGCAAAAGGCAGUGAUGGAACAUAUGAAAUACGGAACGGUAGCUAGGUUGGCUGUCAAGGCUUCAGAUUAUUAUGAAUCAUUUCUAUCCAAUUGCAAUUCACUCGUUCCUGACUAUUGGAAGACGAUAGGAGAGAUCAAAUACAAUUAUUUUAAAGCAGUAGCUCAGUAUCAAAAGGCCAACGAGGCUAUUUCAUCAGGCCGUUACGGAGAAGAAAUUGCCCGACUCUAUUUGGCUAAAUCAAAUAACGCCGCAGCGAUCCAAAAACUGUCCGAAUUGAUCAACCCAACACUACAUCCCUCCUUUGUACAGCAAAUCCAUACAUUGGAUCAUUCUAUUGAUAGAGAUUUAAUACGUGCGGAGAAAGAUAAUGAUGUGGUCUAUAUGGAAACAGUACCUCAACCUAAUCAGCUAGCACCGAUCCUCAGAUCAGAUAUGGCUAAACCCAUCUUGCCUAGUUUCAUCCUGGAUCCUAGUUAUUGGCUAGUCUUGACAGAGAGACCUAAUGAUUCUUUAUUUAUCAAAAGACCUCUCUUUGAAAAGCUUGUCCCAUUUGCUGUCCAUCAAGCAGUCAGCGUCUAUAACGAUAAAAAGAAUUAUAUAGUUCACAAUGAUAUCAUUGAAAAAAAUAGCGUACUUGAACAAGAAUACCAAAAAGUUAUCACAGAGCUGCGAUUACCUUAUUCAUUGGAUAUCAUUGAUACUUUACCCAAGGAGUUGCUGAGUUAUGCAGAAGAAGUUCAGGAUUUAGGAGGCAUUCAGACACUAAACGACAUGUUGCAUAAAAUACAAAAUAUGUCAAAAAAGGCACUUGGGCUAAUAGAAGAAGGAUUCAAUGCACUUGAAGAAGAGAAUGAACAGGAUGCGAUGCUUAGUAAACAAUAUGGAAAGCUUUGGAGUCGACCAACUUCGAGAGUGCUUACUCAAAACUUGCUUACCAUGGGUACACAAUACAAUGACACCAUUCAGGCUGCACAAAAGGCGGAUCGAAUUGUUCAGGCUAAAGUAGCCAAUUGGGGAAAAGCGAUCGCAAUGCUAUCUAGACCUUCUGCAGAUAUUUUGAGUCAUCUGCCACAGCUACAGCCUGAAGAUGAACUACAUGCACAAAUUACACAACUGUUAACACAGCUUCGACGUCAGUUGGAGUUGCUCGAAAAGAAUGCAAAAGAUAGACAAGAUGUCGAGAAGGAGGUGAAAAAGAUAGCUGAAAAGGAUGAUAUCUCGGAUGCUUUACUGAGCCGAUGCCAAGAACUCACCAAGGGAUCGCCUAUUGUGAAAAUACAGGUCGAACAAUUUUCGGAUGUGUUUGAAUCGUACUUGAAGAAAUACCAAAGUCAUCAAGCUAGUUUACAACAGCAUGCACAUGAACAAGAUGAGAUAAUAUACCAGCUUAGACAGUUGCAUAUGCAAUUGAAUGCAAUGGUUAGUAAUGUACCAGUAUUGAUAAAGAGGGAAAAGGCGAUAUCCAAUUUGGAAGCAGCGUACUCAAAGAUUAAAGAAAUCAGAACGAAUUUGGUAGAAGGCAUCAAGUUUUACUCAAAUUAUAUUGAUAUUUUGAAUCAAUUCAAAAAAGAAUGUACAGACUUCUGCUUGGCUAGAAGAAUGGAAGCUGCUGAUUUAUCUCGAGAUCAUAACCCUGCCAAACUGUUACUUUACAGUAACAAAAAGUAGAAAGAAUAGGCUCCUUGGUGAAUAGGGAAAUUUGAAUUAAGUAAAUACAAUGCACUUUUUAUAUAUCUAAAAUUAUAGAAUUUUGUUUUUAUUUUAAGAAUGAUAUGCUUUCUCAAUUAUGAAAAGAGAUGGCAACGUGUAAAAGUGCUGUUGCUUCGCAAAAAGCACUUGAUGUUUAGCUAUAAAUGAUAUUUGAAAUAUCAUCUUGUACGCUAUCGGUGCAAUAUGCCGAUUUGUUCAAGACUAUUUAGAGCGAAUAUCUGAAUCACUUCAAUCAGCGUAGUCGCUGUCGUCGCUAAAUAGUAUCUUUCUUUCAUCAGCAGGCGCAUACAGUAGUGAGAGGGGACGUUGACGUGGAAUGAAGGUAUGUAAGUGUUAUUUGCAAGGAGGUGUUUGAUAUAGAAGCCAAUAUCACGAUUUUUA